UGUUUCUUAGUCAUGCGUCCUCCCAUAAAAAGACGUUUAUUACCGCUUGUUGAUCAGCUGUUUGUACUUUCCUUUUAAACAAAAAAAAAAGUGUGUCAAGUCAAGGAGGAAAUCCUGAGUAUAAAAAGCCAGUCGGCUACGAUGUCAGCAGCUUGUGUGGAGCAGCUGGACUGUAACAGCAUGAGUGGAGCAGCCGACACUGACACCGCUAUGCAAGCACAGAUAUUUAUUCUGGAGAGGCAACGACAAGAACUGCUGACCAUCAAUGAAAGAUGGGCCAAGGAGUAUAGAACCAUGGUGGCGCAUUACCAACAGAAGCUUCAAAGUCUACAAGCAUCACUACAAGAUGGCAGUGACAUUGGGAAGAAAACAUGUAAGACGGCCAAAGAAAAAGAAAAUAGUCGGACCAACAGCGACGUACACACUGAGCUCCUCAACGCUCUGACCAAAGCUAAUGAGCUCCAGCUGCAGAACAGCACUCUGACCAGAAGAGGGCAGCACCAGCAGGAGGAGAUCCACCGACUCAAUAAGGCUUUGGAGGAAAGACUUCAGCCAGCACGCCCCCUUGAGGACAGUUUUGUACCGUUACAGGACGUCUGGAAACACCAGGCGGAGGUUUUUAAGGAGGACUUUUUGAAGGAGCGAGGGGACAGGGAGAAGCUUCAGCAAAAGUACGCGGAGCUGGAGAAGAAGUUAACGAAAACCCACGACGAGCUUCACUACCUCAAAUCUCAGGCCACUUGGACCCGCCUCGCACGACCCGUCGUGGACUGCAACUGCAAGCAGGCCGAGCAGCGGCAACACCCAUGAUAGAAGAUGCCACAUUGGCAUAGAUUAUUAUUAUUGUACUGUAGUCACUUUAACCUUUUUAUUGUCAACAUUACUAAAUAUCAACUUAGUAUGAAAGUGUAUGAAAUUCUAAACAAUCCAAAACAGUUUGCAAAGGCUUUGGUGGACUUUAUUGACACAUAUCAUUUUUUUUUAAAUCAGAUGAUAACUGUCAGUCGUGUACUUGAGCACACAUGUGAUUAAAGUGAGCCUUUUGUUGUAGCUUUGUGAGACACUAUAAAUAGCACAGAGGCGAAUGCUAAUUAAAAAUAAAAAAAAUAAUAAUAAUUUACAAAUGUGUCCGAGCAAGCCGCUGAUGAAUGUGUUGUUAUAAAAAAAAAAAAAAGGUCCUGAUCCCAGAUAAAUACGUUAAAUACGUUGUACGCCCCCCCCGAUCACGCACCUAGCAGGAAUACAUCCGUUUGUCAGAGGAGCUUCAAUAAAAAGCAGGGUUCGUGUGUUCGAUGACGCAACGGCGGCAGUGGCGCCGUACAAAACGCAACGCCUCUGACGACACCUCGCAUUCCUGAACAUUGAGUAGCUGGAGUUCGCAGCAAUUGGCCGCAAGGGCCUGGAGACCCCGCCCCGUUACGCUCUCGCACGCCCGUAGGCUAACGCGUCUCAGGCCGCCGCAGUACAUCGCUAGCUGCUCCAAGCCGCUAUCCGACACCAACGGGCAUUUACCCACGUCUAGAGAUUUGAGUUUCGGACAACUGCGGGCAAGGUGGCUCAAACCGUGGUCCGUCAGCCCCUCGCAACCACGAGCGUUCAAGUAGCGUAAUUUAGGGCAGUAGCGAGCGACGUAACGCAUCCCCACGUCGGUGAUUCGAGUGCAGUGAGCUACGCUAAGGUAGCGUAGGCAGCCUUCCAAGCGGGCCACCUCACGCAACCCGAAGUCGCCGACUAAGCGACAGUCGCUGAGGCUGAGCUCCCGUAUGGACGGGCAAUGGAGGGCCAGGUGGCGGAGGGCCUCGUCGCUGAGGCGGGUGCAGCGGCGCAGGUAGAGGUGCGUGAGGCGGGGGCAGUGGGUGGCAAUAGUCCGCAAGCCCUCGUCUUCCAGGCAGAAGCAGUCAGUCAUAUCCAAAUAGUGGAUGGAGAUCUGCUGGCCGUGGAGCGGCGACAGAUGAAGUGAGGCCUCCUGGGUCAGGCUGAUGCACGUCACCUUGGAGCAGCCUGCAUGGGGCAAAGAUUAAUCGACGAUUAACACGAUUAAUGCUGCAGUUAUUUAUUCUCCACAUUGUUAUUAUUAUUAUACGGGAGCCAGACGACAUUUUGUGUGUUAUUGUGCAAUGAC